UACAAAGAACAUGGCGUGGUUAUCUCUCCAUCUGUUUGUCACCCUGUACCUGUGUCAUUACUCCUGUUUAUACUGUACGAACGCUGCCAAACAUGAGACAGUUAUGUCGCCGUUACUUCGAACAACAAAAAGUCUGUCAGUAACCGAUGAGCUGUUGGAAAGUCUCAUGAGGAGAGUUGACGAACAGGAAGGCAGACUGCAACAUCUUGAAACAACGGUGUCAGAAAAUGUCGAGGCAUUGAGAACCAAGGAUAGGCUGAUUGAAGCUCUAAUGAGGCGUGUCGGAAAUAUGGAAUUCAAAACGAGGCUGGAUAAAUCUCGAUCAAUCCGGUCAGUACCAGAUCCAACAGCAGACCAACGCAGACCAGCUAAAACUGCUGUCAACCAGCUGGGGGUAAAUGGAACUGAGAUCGAUGAGAUACAAAACGCAGGUGACCAUUACCAUAGGGCUAGAAAUGGAUCUUGGCUGAGUGAACGUGCGGUUAGACCACAUACAGCUCAGCACCAACCGCCACAAGAUGGAGCUGCCGAACCAAGGAAAUGGUCAAAUCGUGUCGGACCUGCAGUGUCACAUACCAAUGUGGCUUUCAGUGUAACAUUAAGUAGUGAUAUGACUCUAAACGCACACGAAACGAUCGUUUACAACCACGUCAUCCUUGACAACACUAACAUGUUUAAUUCAAGGACCGGGGUCUUCUCUGUCCCUGUCAGCGGUGUGUACGUGUUCACAUGGUCUUGUACUAGCGGGCGUAAUGGAGGUGGAACCGUGAGAACAUCUUUAAGGAUCGAUGGUGUAUCGAGAUGUGUUACCUAUGCAGAUUCGCCUAACGACGGUGACUUCGAGAGCAGCACAGGUCUCAUAGUGACCUCCGUUAACGAAGGUGUCACGGUUUACAUCAGGGCAGAAGAGUCCGGAAAAAUUAUGAACAAUCACUACGCGGUCGCAACUUUUUCUGGCUGGCGAUUGUUCUAAAUGUUUUGACAAAUUCCAACAUUCCAUAUUAAAUCAAUUAAUUAUCACAGUUUUGAAGCUUUGUGAUAUUAGGUCAGUUAUUGGAAUAAUUUAUAGUUUAAGUCAAUACUAGGUGUUUUGCUAAAAUUACUCAUAUAUAUAUGUCAUUAUAAACGCCAUCUCAGUAUCCAUGUCACUUAUUUCUAUAACUUAUGAUACGGAAUCAAAAUUUCAUUCAAAGUAAAAACGUAUUUUGCUAACUUAUAUAUGCCAUGCUUUGUUAGACGGCAAUCCAUGGUUUGUUAUACGACAAGCCAUGCUUUGUUAGACGGCAAGCCACGCUUUGUUAUACGACAAGCCAUGCUUUGUUAGACGGCAAGCCACGCUUUGUUAGACGGCAAGCCAUGCUUUGUUAGACGGCAAGCCAUGGUUUGUUAUACGGCAAGCCAUGCUUUGUUAUACGGCAAGCCAUGCUUCGUUAUACGGCAAGCCAUGGUUUGUUAUACGGCAAGCCAUGGUUUGUUAUACGGCAAGCCAUGGUUUGUUAUACGGCAAGCCAUGGUUUGUUAUACGGCAAGCCAUGCUUUGUUAUACGGCAAGCCAUGGUUUGUAAGACGGCAAGCCAUGGUCUGUUAGACGGCAAGCCACGCUUUAUAAGACGGCAAGCCAUGCUUUGUAAGACGGCAAGCCAUGCUUUUCAGUAACUGUUUUCACUACAACAUAUGCAACAUUUUCCGACUAAUGUUCAUCCUAAAUAAAAAAUAAAAU